CCAUGAUCGAAAGAGCUUGAUGAUAGCACUAGAAGUCUAUGCAAAGAAAAAUGAUAUGCAGCCCGAGCUGGAAUUGAUUGAAGUAAAAGAGAGGACCUUAAUCGAUGAGGAGGGAAAAGGAUACGUGCAUUUCAACUUUUUAGUGAAAAGACUAGAUGGCACAUCUGGUUUAUUCUUUGCGGAGGUGCAUCCCGAUUGUAGAGAGGAAGAGGAUGUUUAUCUUUGCAUCCCUUUGGAUGAGAAUGACUGCGGUCAUUGUUUUGGGUGCAAGGACCGUGCAAAAGACCUCAAGCACCCGACUAGUGGUGGCUAUUUGGGUGGGCACAAGGAUCUCGGUUUUCCAUUCAUGGUAUUUGAGAGUGAUGAAGAUAGUGAAGGCGAGAUUUGAUCUGUCUUUGUCCGCAUUAGUUUCUUUUUGCCAUCAGCAUUAGUCUGAUUGUGAUGCACUAAUGAUUGUGGAUGACAGUGCUAGUUACUAGUUGUUAGGAAGAACAUUCUUCAUCAAAUUAAGAUGCAUAAAUUCUUAGAAGGUUUGAUCUGUUUGAACAUUCUAUUUGUGUGGGCCAAGGAUCUCGGUUCUCUGAAGGUUUAUGGCAAGCUCAGCAGCGAGCAUGCCUGUGAGGUGUCAGCAAUGAAUAUUUGGUAAAAUGUAAAAACUUGUUGCUGGAAGGAUGGGUACUUAUCCUCUUAGAGACAACAGUUUGGUUCUUCCAAAACUACCUGAAUUUAAGCUUUUGUGCUGACUGCUGAGUGAUCAAUUGUUUAAA